UCUGUGCGGGCAGCGGCUUUGAGAUCUGUGCUGUCCAGGAGCAGCGGCGGCGCCAUGGGUCUGUCCAGCUUUCUGAGUGCCAUCAUCACCAGAGCUCUGUUCAUCCUGCUUGCACUGGUGGCCGUCUGGAGGGUCAUAUGGGUCAAAAAACAUCCGUACUACUGGCUGCUGACUUUGCUCUUUCUACCACUUGUUGUUGAAAUGGUUAUAACACUGAGGAAGCGAAAAGGACUGGAAUACAAAUGGUUUUCUCCCACGAUUUUCCUGUUCCUCAUCAGCAUCAUUCCCUCCAUCUGGAUCCUGGAGCUCCACACCACAGCAGAGCAAAAAGGAAAGUGCAAUUAUGAUUCUUUCACACAACUUUGGCAACCUGGCAUAAAUGACUCGUCAAGAAACAGCACAAUAAGUUUGAAGAGACUUCGCGACGUGUUGUCAAGUUUCUGCGAGGACAGCUGGAUCCUUGCUCUUCAUCAGAUUCUUCUCAUCCUUCUCAUCAUAGGGAAGUGGCUUCUCCCUCUAGGAGGCGGGAUCACAAGAGAUCAGCUCUCUCAGCUGCUACUCAUUUUUGUUGGCACGGCGGCGGACAUCCUCGAGUUUAACAGUGAGACGCUGGACGAUGUAAAAGAGAACAGUAGUGAGCUGGUUUACGUCAUUUUAAGUGUCUGGUCUUGGAGCAUGCUGCAGUUCCCCUGUCAUCUGUGUGUGGUGGGGCCGAUGACCGACGAGCCUGCUGACGAGAGGGUCCAGGGAGACUCACUCUGGUCCAAUCGCAGCACCGACCUGUGGAGCAUCGUGGAGACGCUGUUCAUCCACGACGGCCCCUUCCUGGUGGUCCGGCUCGUUGUCAUGAUACACUUUGGUACUUUUCACCAGAUGCUUGUUUUCUUUGCCUUUAAAAACUUCCUGGUUGUCAUCCUGAACGUGUACAGGCUGUGUGUGUUAUACCUUGACUUUAAGUCGUCCGUGCACAGCCCAGUGGGGGACAGCGCAGACUGAAGAGACGGCUUGGAGACGAGGGAAAUAUCACAUGUUGCAAAGAUACAUGUGAAGCAGGAAAAGAAGUAAAUGUAUGCUUCCAUGCGUUACUUUUAUACUUUAUUUAACGUUUAAUUUUAUCCCGGUCCAAAAGAACUGCUAGUUCAGAACAGAACCUCUGACCUCAUUCAUUUUGUAAUUAAAAGACGUUGUUAUUUGGAUGUCUCAUAAUUGGUCAGGGCAUUUCUUUGGGGCAAUGAAGCAUAUGACGUUUUGGAGAGCUUAUUUAUUUCCCUUUAAGUGGUGCCACAUUCAUCAGAAAAAAAAAAAUUGGGGUCAAGCAGCCGAGUAAAAACCAUUAAAAACCUUUAACCAUUAAAAACUGCCCAUUAAAAAGUGCCAGUAUCCAAAAGCUGAUUCUGCUUUUGACUGGUGUUUUUUGUUUAUUAUUGGACUAGAUGACAAAAAACAAGAAAUAUUUGCAAUUCAACAGUGCAUUUUUAUUUAUUUAUUUAUUUUUACAUUGCAGUGUGUAACCACACUGCAGUGGGAUGCCAAUCUAUUCUUUAACUAAUGUAAUUUGGGAUAUCAUUUGAUGCUCUCCAUUCCCAAACAUAUGAAGUAAUGUCAUGUCACCUGGAUUUAAACUUUAAACUGGACUGACAGUGGCAGUAGCCCAGGGUGCCAUUUUUUUCUUUCUCAUUUUUAAAUUUUCUUUUAUUAUUUUUAUUUUUAAUGAGUGCAUGUUUUGCAGACAUUAUACUUAAAACAUCAUGAAUUUAUAAUAUGGAGCUACUGGACCUUUUAAACCUGCCGUCAUCGGUUUGUACAGCAAAAAUGUUCGUUUGUGCCGCCAUCGUUCCAAAGAUGAGAAGAAAAAUGUCAAACACUCCCCCGACGCCGCUCACAUUUAAAGUGACGUAUUUAUUUCCACAAAUCAGCUCGGCUGGUACAACAAAAGUUUGCAUUUGUGCUGCGUUGGCUUUGAAGAUACCAGUGAAGGUCUAACCUUUCAUGGAUAUCGUCAAAGCCAAAGUAGGACAAACAAAAUUAUUUUUUGCUGCACAAACGUUUGACACCAAUUUUGUCUGAUAUGAAGUUAAAAAACACCCCGACUCUGACAGAUUGUCAGCAGAGCAGGUGUUUAAACAAGGCUAAUCUGCCACAGCGAUCGUUCAUCAAUAAUCACGUUGACAAUCGCGAAAUAAAAAUCGAAACCUGAAACUAUAAAACUGUAACAGACUGCAUGUUGUGGGAAAUGUUUGCAUGUUUUUUGGAUCCCGGUACAUUCGUGGCGUCGUUGGUCAGUUGCUACAGCAGCGCCUGCCCGUAGUGCUGCUGACACAGAGGGAGAAAAAAAAACUUGUGGUUUUUUUAAGUUGUUCUUCAACUGGUUUUCUACAUUAUUUGUCCCUUUGCUGAGGCAGACUGCACUAAACUAAAAACACCCACAUCUCCAGAUUUCAUUUAGUUAACGCAUAGCAUGUAAAAGAACCGUCUUUUGGCCCUCAUUGUGGACACGCAUUAGAUUUCCAGAUGUAAACAAUAACAAUCAACAUGUCUAUAAAAGUAACAAGUAUUCUACAUGCAUUAGCAAUAUAAUUUUUCUUUAGUGGAUACAUCACCAAAAUGGUUUCCAACCCAGGGCUUUACAUCCUUGUAAAUCUUGAACUGCAUGUCACUUUUAUACUCAAUUUACAUAAUAUUUUAAAAGGUGUUUUUUUUUUUAAAUAAUUAAAAUGAACAUAGCUAAAUGAUUCGAGCGUAUGAUUUAGAUGUCUGAACUGCUUAGACUCAACUUUUUACCACUGAGUAAAGCAACAUCUGAUCCAAAACUGUACUAAAAUUGAUGAUGUUUGUCAUGUCAGGUGUAGUUUUUUUUUCUUUCUUUUUUUUUUUACAUUUUGGUGUUAUUUUCUUCGUUGUAAUUUUAACAAAGUAUUUCCCGUGGAUUUACUUUAUUAUUUAACACAGGCCAUUAUAUUCUCUUAAUGUAUUAUGUCAAACAUUUCUGAAUGUUUUAAGGCAUCUAUUGCCACUUUUUACUCUAACAUUCAACUUUGCAUGACUGUGAAUGUAGACAAACUGAACGUAACCUUGAAGCAUGUUUUCUGUAAUCUAAUGUUACUCCUACAUUUUUGAGGAUAACAAUAAGUACUGUGAGCAGGUGAACCACCAGAAGCUUUGACUUAGACAGACAUAAAUGUACAAGCAUGUUUUUAAAUCUGCACACAUUUUCAAUGAAAGAAGGUCGAGGGUUUCAAUUCCAGAAUGGAGUUUGCUUGCAUGGGCUCUACCAAAGUCCAAAAGUCUGAACUUGAAGUUAUUUGGUCUCUCUGGAUUAGAGCAUGAAUCCAGGUGUCAAUGCGUGUCUCUCUGUUGGACUGGUGACCCGUCCAGGCGAGCGCCACCUCUCACCCAGUGCCAGUUGGAGAUCGACACACAGCAAGGAUAAGCCGUCACAGAUAAUGGACUGAAUUUCUUUAAAUAAAUAUGUUUUCUGUAACAAGAUGCGCGUUUUAAGCUGCACAUCAGUAACAGACUUGUCUUACAGUUUCUGUUUCAGGGAGUGCUCCACACUCCUAACAAAAGCUCCUACCAAAACCCAUCCUGCUGAAACUCUGUGAUGAGAUUUGUCAUUAUUCUGCACAUUUAAAGUUUUUUUUUUGUAAAGCGAUCUUGCUUCUUGUCCUUGGUAGUGAACUGUGUAAAUUGCAUUUCCUUUGGUCGUCACUAGAUGUCCUAGGUCGCCUUUAUCUGGUGUUAUGAUCGUCACGUCAGCACUUCCUUUUUUCAUAUUCGCACUACCGGCACUAUCACUCUGCCAUAUCUUGCUUUGUUUCUUAUCAGUUAUUUAUUGUUACCCUCUUUACGCUUGCCUGACCUUGCUCUGAAUUUUACUUUUUUGUUGUUGUUGUUGCUUUGUUUUAUAUUAGACCAAUCAGAUUUUCUUUCUCUUUAUCAAGGUUUUGUUUGUUUGGCCUUUAAUUUUUUUGCAGCGUUCUGGGUUUUCAUCUGUGUUUACUACACGAUGUUGCCUGUUAUCUCUCUGCUUUAUAUUUAGUCUUGUAUUCUGGUCAUAUAUCUAUUAGUCUGAUCAUGCAUGAUUAAAUAAACGUCUUCUUUCUAUAUAAAUCCGAGAUAAUUCGAGCUUGCAUUAUUGCCAUGCUGUGUCGUUACUGCACUGAUUUAAAUGACUAAAACAACAGUGAAGCAAGAAAUGUUCCCUUAUUCUGCCGAGUCUUAUUGCAGGUAAGCGGCUAAUAAAGUAGCUCUUGUUUCCACAUGCACGUUCUCCUUCACGUUUGAAAACGGUUGUUUUGCUUUAGAUAUGAAACACAAAGACGCUUACAGGUCAUUCUGGAUUGUUUAAAUGGUUAGAAAAACACAGAGGCAAAGUGAGCAGACCAAAUAGU